AUGGAUACACCCCUGAGCGAGCGAGACGUGCUGGCCUCUCUCCCUCCCCCUCCUUCAGCUAUACCCGACUACCCGACUUGGUCCAGUGAAGACCUAGCCGAAGACUCCACCCUUCCAAUCGCAAUUUCCGACGAGGUCGAGACGGACAGUCGCGCGCACCGGUCGAAGCUGCCCACGUCUACCGCCAAAGCUUCUUUCGCUGCGCGUUCCAUGGCUGCAGUUGCUCGCUCUACCAUUUCAAAAAGUGGACGGAAAUUGCUAUCGCCUCGAGGUAAAAAGAGUCCGAAGCUCAAGUCCAAGUCGCCUGCUGCUAUUAAACCUGAGACGGGUGCGGUAGAGUCGAGCGAAGGUGGUUAUGCUACCGACUCUUUGGCUUCAAUGGCCGCUGCUGCAGGAUCACUAACUUCAGGUCUGACGUCGUCUUUCACCAGUGCGUCGUCGUCGCUUGGCUCGCUGCUGUUCACGUCGCGAAGCUCCAGUGUCAGCAAUGCAGACGACGUUCACGAACGGUCGGGUACUGGAGUAGACCCUGGAGUUGACACAUUGGCCGCUCUUGCCGAAGCGGAAGCGGCCGAGGCCAGUCAACGAACAUUGGCAAGGCAGAGGGUGAAGAUCUUGGAGGAUUUGGUACAGCAUCGACGCUCGGAUUGGAAUUACCUGAAGACCAUGCACGAAGGCUCGAACUUCUGGCUCAACGUGGCAUUGUUAAGGGAGCAGCAGGUGAUGAAUCACGUUGGCGAGAAACAAAGUGUCCGUCGUGGAGCGCAGUUUUUCUAUCUUGGCUAUGGAUUGGGGACAUUAGUUGGAGGAUUGACGCGCCCAGAGCGGCUGGCGAUGGAUUGUUGCCAGUUGCUGGAAGAAGUCGAGUUUCACUUUGCAUCCUCGACGGUACAAGGCUUGAAAAUGAUGGUGGCGACGUCGAGUACGCUUUAUGAGCCUCUUGACACGGAGAACGGGCUGGAAUAUUCUAGUAGUGAGCCGUUCCGACCAACUGUGUACAAGUGGAACCAACGACCAGUAUAUCGCCGUCUCCUGACGCCUCCUAUCCCAUUUCCGCUCGAUUACCGAGAAGUACUGCUAUCUCUAUGUGACAUCUUGGCGCUCAUUUACAGCAAGUUGGUCGAGGACGUCAGUGCAUCCGAGGACGUCAACUUAUUCCAAUUUAUCAUCCGAUUCGAUGACCGCAUUAAGAAAAUUUUUAUCGAACCUGUUAAACGAGAGUUCUCGGCCGUGGCUUCACAAGUUAUGGCUGAGGAGAUGAGUUUUGUCCGCUCGAACUACGCAUCAGGAGCACAAGGGGGCGAAAGAGCCUUGGCCACAUCGACGUCGACCACAGUCGUAGAUUCGAAUAUUGCGGCUGCUGUUAGUCUACCACCGGGCGAUCGUUCGAGCAGUGGAACGGACUAA